AUGGCGACUCAAAUCAGAAAGUCCAAAUCUAAAAGAUUUUCUGGCAUUCGUAAUUUAUUUAAUCAUGGGAGUUCUCCAAAAGACGAUACGCCCAGCAUAAAAAAACCAGAUGCCACCUCCACUGACAACACCAGUCAAGUCGGAAACAGUCAACAAAAAUCUUUACAGAAAGAUGAAAAGCUUAACGCUAUUCUUGAACUUUUGUCGGAAAAGGAUAAUCCCAGGCGUAACUUUGUAUUACAUGAAAUUUUGUGCUCAAUGGAGGAUUCGGAUGAUUCUUCCGUUGUCACUUCUCCUGACGUUCAAGUAUUUGUGUCAAGAUCUGCAGAAUAUCUUGGAGACCAUACGACUUUCAAGCAUGGUGAAUCCAUUGCAGAGCUUGAACUUCACCUACGAGCAUUGUCAUCCGUGAUUCAUAUGGCCUCAAGGUCCGAUGCGAUAUUGAAGAUGUCAACCCGCGACAAGCUGUACAAAAGCAUUGCCAUAUUCUGGGAAAAAUGCGGUUCAAAAAUCAAUCCAAAUGUGGUUUUUUUGUUACGAGAGACGAGAACUUGUUUGAGAAAGAUGAAGCAUGAUCAAUCUCUGCUGUCGUCAACCUUCGAAUAUAGUGCAGGCAAAUGGUAUGAUGAGUGGGAUCAGAUCAGGACAGAUUUCCUCAUGGUGAGAAGAAUACCCGGAACCAUCACAGAAUUCUGGAACAAACUGCAUCAAGCAGCAAAAAAAGAAUAUGAAGACAUUUUGAAAAAUCACGGCCAUUACAAAAAUGCAAGAUAUAAGGUUCUGAAGGAGGCUAGUCGAGUUAUAAAGGUUUCCCUUCCGGACAACAUUGACACACUGCUGAUAGGUUACCUAGACUUGAUGGAGCGGGUGAUAAGAGAAUUCUCAUCAGAUGACACCGAUGCUGCUGAUCGUGCAUUGGACGUACUUGAGUUCUGUCAAAAAAUCAUUUCGGAUGAUGUUAAAAAACAAUUAUCAGCAAAAGCGAUCGAGGUAAUACUAGUCGUUAAAGAUAAGCGUGAAGAGUUGAAGUCUAAGGUCGAAGAAUAUAUGAACAUUUGGGAUAAAGAGAUAAAUUUGUUAGUAAAAUAUAUGCAAGAAUUGAAGGUGGGCAAGGUCAAAGUCGAAGAAAACAUCAAAGCCUCAACAUUGGAGUUUGAGGGGGGCAGAUAUUUGCAAAAAAUGAAUAAUGAACUUCAAUCGACUAAAGAAGAGACCAGAAAGAAUUUGGAAAACGAAGAUAAGGCAAAGGCCGAGACUAGUAUUAAUACCGGAAAAGAGAAUGUAAUUAUGCAAAGGAAUGUUAAUGACGUCAACAGUACAAAAGGAAUCGAGAAUUCAAAAACUCCAAAUGGUGCUAAAGAUGUGGAAGAAAGUGUGAAUGUUCAAAAAUACAUUACAGGAGCAGAUGCUAAGAAUACAGAAGAAAGCACAAAUUCUCAAUAUAAUGUUAAGGAUACGGAGAAAAGUGGGAACGAGAACGUUCUAAAGGGUGUUAAGGACGUAGAGGAAAGUGAGAGUACUCAAAAGGAGGUUAAGGAUGCGGAGGAAAAUGUGAAUGCUCAAAAGGAGGUUAAGGAUGUGGAGGAAAAUGUGAAUGCUCAGAAGGAAGUUAAGGAUGCGGAGGAAAAUGUGAAUGCUCAAAAGGAGGUUAAGGGCGUAGAGGAAAAUGUGAAUGUUCAAAAGGAGGUUAAGGAUGCGGAGGAAAGCGUGAAUGUUCAAAAGGAGGUUAAGGAUGCGGAGGAAAGCGUGAAUGUUCAAAAGGAGGUCAAGGAUGUGGAAGAAAGCGCAAAUGCUCAAAAUGAGGUUAAGGAUGCGGAGGAAAGUGUGAAUGUUCAAAAGGAGGUUAAGGAUGUGGAGGAAAGUGUGAGCGCUCAGGAAGAGAAGAAUGAAGUGGAAGAAAAGGUGAAGGUUGCAAGCUCACAAAUAGUUUCCGAUACAAAAUCUAAAGUUACUAAUGAAGUUGUGGAGAUCACCGAUCAGGUCGCAGGCGGGAGUAUAGAGGAAAAGAUUGAGAAAUUAGAAAUUGAAGAUUCUCAGUAUGAUGACGCCAAAUUAUUAGAUAACACCGCCAAAGUUAUACAGGAUACUCAUGACUCCGAGCCAACCACGCAAAUAGUAGAAGGAAUCAACGUGAAAGUGAAUAUUCAGCACAAAGAGAAUAUGGAUACAAAAAAAGUUGAUAUUAAUGCCACCACUCUAAUGGUAGAGAGUAUGGAUGCGGAUACUAUCAACAGUAAUGUUAAAGCUCAACACAUUGAAAAAAUUGAAACAGAUAGUUAUCAGACCAACAUCGGAACGCAAAAUUUGAAUACCCAAAGUGCAGAAAUAAAAGAGGUACAAAACUUGAAUGCGAAUAAUGUUUACUCUCAGGUGGAUAAUAUGACGGCAGAAAACAUUGAGACUCAAAUAGAUAACAUACAGAUCAAUAACUUGGACAGUGAAAUUGGAAACAUAAAUGCGCAAAAUAUUGAAAUAAACACUGAAAGUCAGAGCAUUGCAAAGCUUGACAAUCAGAUCGGAAGCGUCACUGCAGAAAAAGUGGAGAUCAAUUAUGAUAAAAUGAAUGUACAUAGUAUUGACGAAAAUAUUGGUCAUCAAAACAUAGGGCAGAUUGAAAGUAAUGUCGAGGAAGUGAACGUUGAGACAAUCAAUGAAAAUGUAAAUCAACAGCAAGUUGGACAAAUUAAUAUCAAUACCGAGAAUUUGACUGUGGAUAACAUAAAGGAAAGCAUCGCGUAUCAAAAAUUCGAUCAUUUAGAAUCGAACGUUGAAAAUAUGAACGUAUCUAGUAUUGGAAAUAAUCUUGGUACCGUGAACAUGGAUAACUCAAGCGCAAACAUUGAUGAAAUGCACGUGCAAGGUGACGUACGAACGCACAUAGAAACUUUCAAUGUCGACAAGAAUAUCGACAAGAACAUUGAGCACAACAUCGAGAAACAAUAUGUUGAAAACAUAGAAACGAAAAAUGUCGAAAACAUAGGAACGCAAAAUGUUGAAAACGUGGAAACUAAAAAUGUUAAAAAUAUCUACCAUAUUACCACGGUCACAAACAAUAACACUGUCAAUAACGCUAUCAAUAAAAACAUAACCACAAACAAUACGACCAACGAAUACAACACAAAACUCGGUGAUAACGUGACAAACAAUACGACCAACGAAUACAACACAAAACUUGGAGAUAACGUGACCCAUGAAUACAACACAACGAUCAUAAAUCAGGUGGUGGCAGCAGCACCCACCGAAUCGUUUGUAGAAAUGAUCAAGAAGGGUGUAAAAAAGGGUGUUGAAGUUGUAAAAAGCGUAGCAGAGAAUCCAACGAAAACGAUGUUUGAUUUGGGUAUCGGUGGUGGUAAUAAUGCACAGGAUGAAACUUACGAGAAAGAAGAUGGUGAGUUUGAAGAAACUGUGGAAUACAUAGAAAAUUUCGAAACUGACGAAGUAACGCUCACUAAUGGAGUGGAAUAUAAUUGA